AUGCAAUGGUUAAGGAACACUGAAACUGCAAGAUCUUAUCAACGUUUACCUGUCUUAACCACAAACUCAUUCGAAUGGUACCAUUAAAACAAUAAAUAAUUGCUUUUUAUUGACUUAGUUUUGCUUUCGUACGCUGUAUCCGCCAUAUUGGAAUAUUGACCCAAUAUUGGUUAGGUCGCAGUACACCAAUAUUUUGCACGUCGGGUUAUGUGUUGGAACCUACAAAGUCGAUAACGAUGUGUUAUUCGAUACAGAAUUCACUGUUUCAAAUUUAAACAUAAAACAUGUCAGCGAGGAAAGUGUGUUGAAACAUCGUCGUGUUUUUAUAGGGUGCAUGCAAAGGAUAACAUCCGUAGGUUGCCAUUCAGGUAAAUUUAACAGGAACUCGCUGACAAGUUGGAAUGCGAGAGGACCAAGAAGAGGCCCAGACAGAAACCCCAAAUGAUUCAGUUCGUGAAGGAAGGACAAAAGGCGCCUAAAAAACUGCAGCCUACCAGUUCUGUAUUAGAUGAAUCUGAUCAGUGGGAAAUGUCUGUUGACCUGAAGCAAAAGCUAGUGUUCCCAAACAUUUUCCAGACAACAUUAAGGCCUGACAUUGUGUUGUGGUCCACUAAAGAUAAGUGUCUGAUCAUGGUUGAACUGACAGUCCCUUGGGAAUCUCGUUGUGAAGAGGCCUUCCAACGGAAAAAGGCCAAGUAUACAUACCUACAAGAACAAUGCAGAGGGAAGGGAUGGGGAGUGUGGCUCUACCCUGUGGAAAUCGGCACUAGAGGAUUCCCAGCACAGUCGCUGUGGAGAAUGUUCAGUGCCUUGGGCAUCAAAGGAGCAGACAGGAAGACAGCAAUGGGCAAACUGAGCCUAGCAGCAGAAAGGGCAUCCAGUUGGUUGUGGAUGAAGAGACAGGAGAGGAGCUGGAAGCCUACCACCAACAAGUAGUGUCUGAUCAACACUGCGGGCCGGCCGCCUGGAGAGUGUCCUGUGAUUAAAGGGCCGAAACACUUGUUGAAAGGCGGUUCUCAGCUGAUGAUGUUGGUGGUUCUAGCAGUACAGAACUGUAUCUCACUCAUUUACUAGAUAUCCCUCAUUUUGGAAAUAAAUUUAUCCAAUUUAGAAGGAUGGCAAUGUCCACUAGGCAUAAAUGGGUUAAGGUCAAAGAUAUCUUAAAUUAUUCUUAAUAUCAUUAUUGUUUGCAUGCUGUCCCCCUGAGAAACAGGCUCAACAUAUCAAUGCCAGUUAUCAGGUUUAACCCAUUUAUGCCUAGCAUCUAGAAAAAAGGCCUUGGCAAACAGCGUAGACCCAGAUGAGACGCCGCAUGAUGCGGCGUCUCAUCAGGGUCUGCGCUGUUUGCUUAAAGGAUUUUCUGUAAGAAAUAUUCUAAAUAUAGAAAUAAAUAUACUAGACAUCCCUAAUUUUGGAAAUAAAUUGAUCCAAUUAAGAAUGACAGGAGAGUCCACUAGGUUUAAAUGGGUUAAACCAUUUACUGAUUAUUUGCAGUGUCUGACAGUGUUAAACAAAAAUUUAUUUGGUACACAAAAGGUUACCAUCCCUGCCAGAGUGUGAAAUGCUUAUACUUUUCACCCAUUCAUAACCAAGCCAUUGAAAAUCACACAGGAUAACUGCUGUACACAUUACUUCAUUCACAAAAACUGUAAAGUGAACCAGUAUGACCUGAAUCAGCAUUAUCAGUGAAAAACCACAAGCGGGCAAUAAAGACUAAUGCCUCCUAUUGCUCAAAUGUCCACUGGACCAUUUGUCACCUCAUCAUUUUGGUCAAAGGUUUGAAAUAUCAGAGCCAUCAGUGGUUACUCAGAAGGAUGCGAAAAAACAAAAGGCUUUCUUAA